AUGGCUGAAGGUGAUUCAAUCUUGAAGUUGGAGGGUGGUUCCCGUAAACCACUUAACAAUCAGGUAUUGAGUCCCGUUGUUAUUCAGAACGAUGCAUCUGCUGUGCCAAACACUGUGAAGUUGAAUGGAUCCAAUUACCCUAUUUGGUCCAAGGUAUUGGAGAUGUAUAUUGCUAGACGUGGUCGAAAAGGCUUUGUGACAGGAAGUACCAAGGAACCUGUUGAGGACAGUAUUGAGUAUGAGACGUGGGAGACCGGGAAUGCCAUAGUAAAAGGGUGGUUGAUUAAUUCCAUGGAACCUGCUAUCAUGGGAUUUUUUAUUCACCUGCGUCCUACUAAAGAAGUCUGGGAGGAGGUGGCUCGGACUUAUUAUGAUGGUUCAGAUAUUUCUCAAAUUUAUGAACUGAAGGUUAAGUCGUUCAGGCUUCGUCAAGAGGGCCAGCCGGUUGGUGUGUAUUAUGCUGACCUCAAGUCCGUUUGGCAGGAGCUGGAUCAACGGAGACCAAUUAAGAUGGAAUGUGCUGCUGAUCUUAAGACACUUCGAGAAGAAAUUCAAAUUGAUCGUGUGUACGCUUUUUUGGCGGGCUUGGAUGAUAUUUUUGAUAAAAAAUUGCGGGCAAAGGACCGUGGAACAGUCGGAUCCAAUGGAGGCCGUGCCUCUCUUGCAGCGGCUACACCAACUGCUCAAAAGGUCAGGGCUAGCUCUGGGGAUCCUAGUCACACUUUGUUAACUCGUGCUACUCCUGGUGAUUCAUCCUCCAAUACAGGUAUUGUGGGGCGUGUUCUCUUAGCCUCCGAAAGUGAUCCACAUACAGGUUGGAUUCUUGAUUCUGGUGCAACCGAUCAUAUGACGUAUGAUAAAACUUUGUUUCAAUAUAUGACAAUGUCUCACAGGAAAAGCAUAGCGACUGCUAAUGGGACUCUUGUCCCCGUGUAUGGCGCUGGCACUGAUAUUCAGACCAAGGAGAUAAUUGGGCGUGGCACUAAGAGAGAGGGGUUGUACUAUGUUGAUGACGUCGUUUCAGGCAGGGCUAAUGCGGUUCGAGCGUCACAUGCUAGUAGUUUUAUGAAUAAAAGGUAUGUGCCAUUUGAACUUGUGCACUCUAAUGUUUGGGGGCCAUCUCCAGUUGUUCUUCCUUCGGGAAUUAAAUGGUUUGUUACAUUUGUUGAUGAUUGCACUCGUAUGACAUGGCUAUAUGUGUUGAAAAAUAAGAGUGAUGUUGGUCUCGUCUUUCGGUCUUUCUCUCAGAUGAUCCAGACUCAAUAUUCAUCUGUGAUUAAAGUACUACGGUUUGACAAUGGUGGUGAGUACAUUGCUUGUGAGUUGUCCGAGUUUCUUCGUGAUCGUGGCAUUCUCUAUGAAACGACUUGUCCUUAUACCCCGCAACAGAAUGGAGUUGCUGAACGAAAAAACUGUCACAUCUUAGAAACCACACGUGCUCUUCUGCUUGGAGCCUCGGUCCCUAAGAUGUUUUGGCCUGAAGCUGUUACUUAUGUGGUCUAUGUGAUUAACCGUAUGCCCUCUCGGGUUCUGAACUUUCAAACACCUCUUCAAGUCCUCACUCAAUAUGCUCCAGUAGUGCCGACUCAUACUCUCACUCCUCGAGGUUCUGCCAUGUCUGAGCAAGUAUAUGAAGAACAUGAAACUGCCGUGUCUGAGCAGUCGAAACAAGGGUCUGCCGCACCUAUCCAGCAGACUGCCGAGUGUUUUGCCGAGCCCGGUAGACAGUUGCAGCAGACACAUACCGAAUCUGUUAAUGUGCUUUCCCCUCUCUCUAACUCCAAAGUGCCGUCCAAUGAAUCUUCUCUGAAUACACCUGAGGUAAGUAUCGUGGAUGAUUAUGUAAUUAACACAAGUGAUAAUGUGAAUGUGUAUAGGUUGCCACCAAGACAAAAUCGAGGUGUGCCACCUGAUAGAUUCUCUCCGGAAGGAAAGGUGAAGUAUCCAAUAGCCAACUAUGUCUCAUGUGGUGGCCUUGCACUAGAACGCCAAACUUUGGUGAACAAUAUGGAUUCAAUUAAAGUACCAACUCGAGUGGAGGAAGCUCUAAAGGAUCCGAAGUGGACUCAAGCAAUGGAUGAGGAGAUGUUGGCGUUACAAAAGAACAAUACAUGGGAGGUGACGUGUUUACCUAAAGAAAAAAAAACCGUUGGAUGUCGGUGGGUGUUUACAAUCAAAUACAAAGCCGAUGGGUCGAUAGACAGGUACAAAGCGAGGUUUACCCAAGUUAUGAAGAAGAAUGGGUACCAUCAGAGUCAUUCUGAUCAUACAUUGUUUGUUAAACGGAGAAAAGGUAAAGUGACAGCCUUAAUAAUCUAUGUAGAUGACAUGAUUAUUACUGGAGAUGACCAAGUUGCUCGCUCUUCAAGAGGUAUUUUCUUGUCGCAACGUAAGUAUGUGUUGGAUUUAUUAAAGGAAACUGGUAUGCUGGGGUGUAAGCCGGCAGACACUCCUAUUGUUGAAAAGCAUAAUCUACAUUUGGAUCCAGAUCAGAAGCCUGUUGAUAAAGGGAGAUAUCAGAGACUUGUAGGGAGACUAAUUUAUUUGGCUCAUACACGUCCAGAUAUUGCAUAUGCUGUAAGUGUGGUGAGUCAGUUUAUGCAUUCACCGAGUGUAGAUCAUAUGACUGCUGUUAUGCGUAUCCUAGCAUAUUUGAAGUCUGCACCAGGAAAGGGAGUGUUGUACAGGAAGCAUGGGCAUUUGAUAAUUGAGGGGUUCACGGAUGCUGAUUGGGCAGGAAAUGUAAGUGAUAGAAGAUCUACUUCCGGAUACUUCACUUUUGUAGGAGGGAACUUGGUUACAUGGCGGAGUAAAAAACAGAAGGUGGUAUCACGGUCUUCAGCUGAAGCCGAGUAUAGGGGCAUGGCCCACGGCAUUUGUGAAAUCCUUUGGCUUCGAAAACUUCUCUGGAGUCUUGGGGUUAAGUCAAAGGAAACCAUGAAGCUAUAUUGUGAUAACAAGUCAGCAAGAGAUAUAGCUGAUAAUCCGGUGCAGCAUGACAGGACAAAACAUGUGGAGGUUGAUCGGCAUUUCAUUAAAGAGAAGCUUGAGAAGAAGAUUGUGUCUAUAGCGUUUGUGAAUUUGGAGGAACAACUUGCAGAUGUUCUUACUCAUGUUGAUGCAACAGCCAGAUCGCUUCAAAUUUGA